AGCAUGAACUUCAACAACGGUUUGAAAAUCAACAGGCUUCCAGCUGCGAGACGAGACCCACAACUCCAACACGUGACGACCGUACAGAUCCCCAAAACCAUGACGGCAGCCCCGUUUCUGAAGCACACGGCACUAACACCAGCCCAGAAGGAGUACCUGUACACCAUCGCAGCUUCCUACAGCACCACACACGUUCGUAACCUCAUCACCCAGCACUACCUGAACGUGCUGCGCAGGUGUACACGAACAGGCCACAACCCUGAAGGAGGCGACCUCGUCAGGACUUCUGUUACCUCACAGAGGACGAAUGAGAGCGACAAACAGCCGUCAGAAGUUUUUUCAAGGGUGAAACACAAGGAGAAGACAAGCACAAGUGCAAGGAAUGCUGGGAAAUCCUUUCUUCCAAAGAUCCCAAACAGGCGAGCGCUUUCCAACACAACAGCAUCAAAACACAGAAUGAUGAAGAAACGCACAUCAUCGCCUGUACUGCGGAGAAGAAGAGCCAGGAUCAGGCUGUUGGAGGAGGAGGAGGAAGAGGAGGAGGAGGAAGGACUGGACGAUUCUCUGAGUGAAUGUCUGAGUUCACUCUCUGUAGAAGAACCGGAUGACGACACGUUCUCAGAUUUGUGA